AUGUUUGGGUCAUCUUUAAACUCAGGCGCAGUAUUGUUUCUUUGUUUGUUCUCAUCUGCGACGUGUGAUUUGCUCGCGUUUACCGAGGAGCCCUUUGAGAGAACCGGGAAAACGGACGGCUACUGUAGUCGGAUACUCCGCGCUCAGAGCAAUAAGAAAGAAGGCAGUAACGAGUUUCGCCUCCGCGUUGAGGGAGACCCGGAGAGUUACCAGCCGGGCAGCACUUACAGAGUGACUUUAUCUGCGACCAGCUCCUCAUACUUUAGAGGAUUCAGUCUCAUCGCUCUGAGAGAGGGUGCUGAGGGAGACAAGGAUGAUGACUAUAUUGGGAAUUUCCAGAUCAUUGAUGAAGAGGAGACACAGUUUAUGACCAACUGCCCUCCUGCUGUUACAGAAAGCACUCCUCGCAGGCGCACCAGUAUACAGGUCUUUUGGACGGCGCCCCCUAGUGGCUCUGGAUGUGUGCUUCUCAAAGCCAGCAUUGUGCAGAAGAGAAUCAUUUAUUUCCAAGAUGAGGGGCCUCUUACAAAGAGAAUGUGUGAGAAAGAGCCAUUGUAUGGAGAAGUGACAGAUAAGCCUCUACUGGACUGUUGUGCCUGUGGAACAGCCAAAUACAGGGUCACCUUCUACGGAAACUGGUCAGAGAAGAUUCAUCCCAAAGACUAUCCACGUCGAGCCAACCAUUGGUCUGCCCUAAUUGGAGCAUCCCACUCUAAAAACUACGUACUUUGGGAAUACGGAGGCGUGGCCAGUGAUGGGGUUAAACAGGUCGCAGAGCUGGGGUCACCGGUCAAGAUGGAGGAGGAGAUCAGGCAGAAGGGUGAUGACGUCCUGACUGUGAUCAAAAUGAAAGCACAGUGGCCAGCCUGGCAGCCCCUGAAUGUACGAGCUGCUCCCUCAGCUGAGUUCUCAGUGGAUCGCACACGACACCUCAUGUCCUUCCUGACCAUGCUGGGGCCCAGUCCAGACUGGAACGUGGGUCUGUCUGCAGAGGACCUGUGCACCAAAGACUGUGGCUGGGUGCAGAAGGUGGUCCAGGAUCUGAUCCCAUGGGAUGCAGGCACAGACAGUGGGGUCACAUAUGAGUCUCCCAACAAGCCUACUGCGCCUCAGGACAAGAUUCGUCCUCUGACCAGCCUUGAUCAUCCACAAAGCCCUUUCUAUGAUCCUGAGGGGGGCGCUAUCACUCCUGUGGCAAGAGUGGUAGUGGAAAGAAUUGCCAGAAAGGGGGAACAGUGUAACAUUGUACCAGACAAUGUGGAUGACAUUGUGGCAGAUAUCGCCCAGGAGGAAAAGGAAGAAGAUGACACUCCUGAAACAUGUAUCUACUCAAACUGGUCUCCAUGGUCAGCAUGUAGUUCUGCCACAUGUGAGAAGGGGAAGAGGAUGAGGCAGAGGAUGCUGAAGGCCCAGCUGGACCGCAGUGUGCCCUGCCCACAUACACAGGACUUUGAGCCCUGUAUGGGCCCUGGGUGUAGUGAUGAAGAUGCCUCCACGUGUAUGAUGUCAGAGUGGAUCACCUGGUCUCCAUGUAGCCUGUCCUGUGGCAUGGGAACUCGGUCGCGAGAGCGUUACGUCAAACAGUUUCCAGAUGAUGGUUCAGUUUGUACCCUUCCUACCGAGGAGACGGAGAACUGUGUGGUCAAUGAGGAAUGCUCUCCUAGCAGUUGCCUGGUGACUGAGUGGGGUGAGUGGGACCCAUGCAGCGCCACUUGUGGUCAUGGGAUGAGGCGCAGGGAGCGUUUUGUCACACUGAACCCUGCAGAUGGCUCCAUAUGUGACACUGAGCUGCUGGAGAGGGAGAAGUGCAUGAUGCCUGAGUGCCACACCAUCCCCUGUCUGCUGUCUCCCUGGUCGGAGUGGAGCGAUUGCAGUGUGACAUGUGGGAAGGGCCAGAGGACUCGGCAGCGCAUGCUCAAGUCUCCUGUGGAGCUGGGGGACUGCACUGAGGAGCUGGAGCAGGUGGAGAAGUGCAUGCUCCCAGAGUGUCCCAUUGACUGCAUCAUGACAGAGUGGAGUGAAUGGUCAGAGUGUAACAAGUCUUGUGGAAAGGGCCACACCAUCAGGACUCGGAUGGUGAUCAUGGAGCCACAGUUUGGGGGGAACGCCUGUCCUGAGAUCAUUCAGAGAAAGAAGUGUAAAGUCCGGAAAUGCACCCGCGGACAGGCCAGCAGUGAUGAGAGGAAGAGACGGAGAGAACAGCGAGAGAAGAGAAGAAGCAAGCAAGGCCGCUCUGAGGGGGCAGCUGAGCACCCAGGAUGCAGAAUGAGGCCAUGGUCAAGUUGGACAGAAUGCACCAAACUUUGUGGUGGAGGUAUUCAAGAGCGACUGAUGACGGUAAAACAGAAGUCCAAGAGUGCUCAGCUGUCCAGCUGCAAGGACAGGAAGGAGAUCCGGGCAUGCAAUGUGCACCCAUGCUAGAAGGGGGCACACGUGGACUACAAAUGUGAGGGGACAGUGCCCAGCAAUACUGACAUGCCGUCAUACAUGUGCUCAAUGCAAGACUGAGCAGGGAUGUAUUUUAAACUAAUACGCCCAAAUAUAAAUCGUGUGAGAGAAGAAACUGUAUUGGAGGUUCAUAGGAAUCAGGUUUAAACAGAAAAACAGGUCCCGCCCUUACUCAAAGCCGUGAUACACAGACUGCAAUGUUUUACUCUGCCAUAUGUAAAAAGUGACAUCUUUGUAAGGUACACCCAAAGCUAAAGCACAGGUGCAGAGCCAUCCCAGGAUUUUCUAUGCUUUGUUUCUAGAACUAAGAAAACCCAGGCAACUUUUUUUCUCCAGCUCCAAUGUUGCAAUGUUGUAUAUAAAAGCACCACAACUGAACUAUCUGUAUGAUUUCUCCCAUUACUAGUUUGUGCAUUUUUUUUAUAUAUAUAAGAAUGUGUCCGAAGAUUCUUACCAAAGUCUUGUGUAGCUGUUUUCUAGA